AUGGCAUUUUAUAGCUGCUGUUUGUUCCUCUUGGCAUUUACCUGGGACACUUCCGCCUACGGACCUGACCAAAGAGCUCAGAAAAAAGGUGACAUCAUCCUUGGGGGGCUCUUUCCUAUUCAUUUUGGAGUCGCAGCCAAAGAUCAAGACCUAAAGUCGAGGCCAGAAUCUGUGGAGUGUAUCAGAUAUAACUUCCGUGGAUUCCGUUGGUUACAAGCGAUGAUAUUUGCCAUCGAGGAAAUAAACAGCAGCCCGGCCCUUCUCCCCAACAUGACACUGGGCUACAGGAUAUUCGACACUUGCAAUACCGUUUCAAAAGCUCUGGAGGCCACCCUAAGUUUUGUGGCACAGAACAAAAUCGAUUCUUUGAACCUUGAUGAAUUCUGCAACUGCUCAGAGCAUAUCCCCUCCACCAUUGCUGUGGUAGGAGCAACUGGUUCGGGCAUCUCUACAGCCGUUGCAAACCUGCUCGGGCUCUUCUACAUCCCCCAGGUCAGCUAUGCCUCCUCCAGUAGACUCCUCAGCAAUAAGAAUCAGUUUAAGUCCUUCCUGCGUACUAUUCCCAAUGAUGAACACCAGGCCACUGCAAUGGCAGACAUUGUUGAAUAUUUCCGCUGGAACUGGGUGGGCACAAUUGCAGCUGAUGAUGACUAUGGUCGGCCAGGGAUCGAGAAGUUCCGAGAAGAAGCUGAGGAGAGGGAUAUCUGCAUUGACUUCAGUGAACUCAUCUCUCAAUACUCCGACGAAGAAGAGAUCCAACAGGUGGUAGAAGUGAUCCAGAAUUCCACAGCCAAGGUCAUUGUCGUUUUCUCCAGUGGGCCAGACCUUGAACCACUCAUAAAAGAGAUAGUCCGACGCAAUAUUACCGGCAGGAUCUGGCUGGCCAGUGAGGCUUGGGCCAGCUCUUCUCUGAUAGCUAUGCCUGAGUACUUCCAUGUGGUUGGAGGCACCAUUGGAUUUGGUCUGAAAGCUGGGCAGAUCCCAGGUUUCAGGGAAUUCCUGCAGAAAGUCCAUCCCAGAAAGUCUGUUCACAAUGGUUUUGCCAAAGAGUUUUGGGAGGAAACAUUUAAUUGUCACCUCCAAGAAGGUGCAAAAGGACCUUUACCCAUGGAAACCUUCCUAAAAAGUAACGAAGAAGGUGUUAGCAGAAUAAGCAACAGCUCCACAGCCUUCCGACCUCUCUGUACUGGGGAUGAGAACAUUAGCAGUGUUGAGACCCCUUACAUGGAUUAUACACAUUUGCGGAUAUCCUACAAUGUCUACUUAGCAGUCUACUCCAUUGCUCAUGCCCUGCAAGAUAUAUAUACAUGCUUACCUGGAAGAGGGCUCUUCACCAAUGGCUCCUGUGCAGACAUCAAGAAAGUUGAAGCUUGGCAGGUCCUGAAGCAUUUACGACAUAUUAAUUUUACCAACAACAUGGGGGAGCAGGUAACUUUUGAUGAAUGUGGUGACCUGGUGGGGAACUAUUCCAUCAUCAACUGGCAUCUCUCCCCAGAGGAUGGUUCCAUUGUGUUUAAGGAGGUUGGAUAUUACAACGUCUAUGCCAAGAAGGGAGAACGACUCUUCAUCAACGAGGAGAAAAUUCUGUGGAGCGGGUUCUCCAGGGAGGUACCUUUCUCCAACUGCAGUAGAGACUGCCUGGCAGGGACCAGGAAAGGCAUCAUUGAGGGGGAGCCUACUUGCUGCUUUGAAUGCGUGGAGUGUCCUGAUGGAGAGUACAGCGAUGAGACAGACGCAAGUGCCUGUGACAAGUGCCCGGAUGACUUCUGGUCCAACGAGAACCACACGUCCUGCAUUGCCAAGGAGAUUGAGUUCCUGUCCUGGACAGAACCCUUUGGAAUAGCCCUCACAUUGUUUGCGGUGCUGGGCAUUUUCCUGACCGCCUUUGUCCUGGGUGUCUUCAUCAAGUUCCGCAACACGCCCAUCGUCAAGGCCACAAACCGAGAACUGUCCUACCUACUCCUCUUCUCCCUUCUCUGCUGCUUCUCCAGCUCCCUGUUCUUCAUCGGGGAGCCCCAGGACUGGACCUGCCGCCUCCGGCAGCCGGCCUUCGGCAUCAGCUUCGUGCUGUGCAUCUCCUGCAUCCUGGUGAAAACCAACCGCGUCCUCCUGGUGUUCGAGGCCAAGAUCCCCACCAGCUUUCACCGCAAGUGGUGGGGGCUCAACCUGCAGUUCCUGCUCGUUUUCCUCUGCACCUUCAUGCAGAUUGUCAUCUGCGUGAUCUGGCUGUACACUGCGCCCCCGUCCAGGUACCGCAACCACGAGCUGGAGGACGAGAUCAUCUUCAUCACCUGCCACGAGGGCUCGCUCAUGGCGCUGGGCUUCCUGAUCGGCUACACCUGCCUGCUGGCUGCCGUCUGCUUCUUCUUCGCCUUCAGAUCCCGCAAGCUGCCCGAGAACUUCAACGAGGCCAAGUUCAUCACCUUCAGCAUGCUCAUCUUCUUCAUCGUCUGGAUCUCCUUCAUCCCCGCCUACGCCAGCACCUACGGCAAGUUCGUCUCCGCCGUGGAGGUCAUCGCCAUCCUCGCCGCCAGCUUCGGCCUGCUGGCCUGCAUCUUCUUCAACAAGGUCUACAUCAUCCUCUUCAAGCCCUCCCGCAACACCAUCGAGGAGGUGCGCUGCAGCACCGCGGCCCACGCCUUCAAGGUCGCCGCGCGGGCCACGCUCCGCCGCAGCAACGCCUCCCGCAAGCGCUCCAGCAGCCUGGGGGGCUCCACGGGCUCCACCCCGUCCUCCUCCAUCAGCAGCAAGAGCAACAGCGAGGACCCCUUCCCAGCGCCCGAGAGGCCGAAGCCGCCGCAGCCGCCGGCCCUGGCCCCGCAGGAGCCGCCGCCGCCAGCACCGCCGUCCCAGCAGCCACCCAGAUGCAAGCAGAAAGUCAUCUUCGGCAGCGGCACAGUCACCUUCUCACUGAGCUUCGAUGAGCCUCAGAAGAGCGCCCUGGCUCCCAGAAAUUCCGCGCACCACAACUCCCCGGAGACGCGGAAGAGCAGCGAUGCCCUGACCAGGCACCAGGCGUUGCCCCCGCUGCAGGCCGAGGAGGCCGACUUGGAACUGAGCCCGCAGGAAGCAGGACUGCCGGGACCUGUGAGUGGGGAGCACCAGCCGGAGACGGAGAGUCGUGAAGAGAUGUCCCCAGCGUUGGUCGUGUCCGGUUCCCGGAGCUUUGUCAUCAGCGGGGCAGGCAGCACUGUCACAGAAAACAUUUUGCAUUCAUAA